ACUCUUGCUAACCUAGAUCUGGGUGGAGAGCACCCCCUGGUGUACGACACUAAGAAGUGGCGUGAUUAUUUACUGCAUGUUAUGACAGAUGAGCAGUGACAGUGUGCAGAACUGCAGUACAGUUAUCUAGCCAUAUAGCUAAUUAUUUAGCAAAAAAUCAAACUUAAACUUAGCUACCAAGAACAAACAACAACGAAAGGGACUACUGACGACUUUGUAUGGCUUCUACAUUGAUUAAAACGCAGAUAAGUUGCUAAUGCGACUACACGCUAUUUUUGUCCAGUUCUGAUUGAACUGAACCAGGAAGAAAGAUGUUUGAGAAUUUUAAAGAGAGGUUGCAGACGGUGCAGCAGGAUUUCACUACAGGCAUAAAGACGCUGGGGGAGAAAUCCAAAGAUUCCAAAGUAAAGAGGAAACCAAGAUAUGAAGAACACCUUCCCCAGUUCUCUGCUGGAGUGGAGCUUCUCAGUAGGUAUGAAGACACAUGGGUGGCUCUCCACAGGAGAUCUAAGGACUGUGCCAAUGCUGGAGAGAGUGUGGAUGGGGAGGUGGUGAUGCUCUCGGCUCACUGGGAGAGGAGGAGAGCAGCACUGGUGGACCUAGAGGAGCAGCUGCAGCAGAUCCCGGCUUUCCUCUCUGACCUGGAGAGUAUCACGUCGCGUAUCGCCCACAUGGAAGGGGACUUUGAGGAAAUGGAAAGCCGUCUGCUCUACCUGGAGAACCUCUGUGCCCAGUGUGAGCAGCAGCGCUUCAAACAGCACCACUGCCUGCAGCUGGAGAACUACAAAAAGAAGAAGAGGAAAGAGCUGGUGGCAUUGAAAGCUGACCUUAACUCUGAGCAUGCUCAGAAGGUGUUGGAGAUGGAGCACGCCCAGCAGCAGAAGCUAAAGGAGAGGCAGAAAUUCUUUGAAGAGGCUUUUCAACAGGACAUGGAGAAAUAUAUUUCCUCAGGCUACCUGCAACUCAAGGAGGGAGAACCAGCAGGAAGCCCCUCACCCACAAAGGUGAGUGUUGAGGCUCUAGAGCAGGUGGAGCUAGCAGUCCUGUCGGACCAGGAGGCACUGGACGUCUUCCUCAACUCUGCAGAUGACAUCGUCAGCACCACCUCUUCUCUGACCUCGGGUCCAGAUCCUGAGUCCUGGUCAUCUGACUUAUUCAUGAGGGAGGCUGAUCCAAGAGAGAGACUUGGCUCCUCUCUCUGCACCGAGCCAUCCAUCCAGGAAUCAGAGGGGCAGGGUCUUGAGAAGGAGGCCAGUGAGGAGAGUGGAGAAGAGCCAAUGGUUCAGUCAGAUGAGGAAGAGGUCCAGUUGGACUCUGCACUGGUAGUCCUGCCCGAGCCACUGAAGACUUGUGAAAGCUCUGACAGUGACUCCCAAACCUCUGAGCCUGUUACUGAACUGCAACCCGGUUAACAACAACAGUUACCCUCCAAGAUCUGCCCCUGGGGGUAACUGCUAACUAAACCCUGGAUCUCCCUAAGUUAACAGCUGGCCUCCACAACUACCUAAAACACUUUUGGUGUACUACUAUGGUGUCUUUAGAAGAGAGGGAGGUUAGGGCAACAAUAAUCACUGUGUAUGAGCGCUUACGCUUUCUCUUCCUUCACAACAAAUCAGUUGUUUUGUACAAUCUACAGUAUUACAUGAAGAGUUGUCAAAUUCCUCUAGGAGAUUUAUAAGAGAUGUUAAUAAAGUAGUUCAAGGUUAAUCUGUGCUGAUUUCCAUUUUGGACUCUUUUUCUU